CAAGCUCAACCCACCUCAGCCCACCUCCGACGAACGGCCAUGCGGUUCCUCACGAUACAGCGGCCGAUAUUGGCUGCUGUGGCAGGCCUUGCCCGUCCGGCGUUUACGCCCAUCGUACCAUUGGGCGCCCAAUUGGCGAAUGCCCUCGUCGAGGGUCGAAGGAAUGCCUCGGUCAAGACGCAGGGAGCGUAUAGGAAGAAGAGCAAGAGGGGAAUUCCUAAGAAGCUGGGUGCCAAGAGGACAGGAGAUCAGUUCGUGAUCCCCGGCAACAUCCUCUACAAGCAGCGCGGUACGCAUUGGUGGCCCGGUGAGAACUGCAUCAUGGGCCGAGACCACACUAUCCACGCCAUGGCGACCGGCUACGUCAAGUACUACCGCGAUCCCGCACGACACCCCGACCGCAAGUACAUCGGCGUGGUGUUCAACAAGUCCGACACCCUCCCGUACCCCCAGCACGCCGAGCGCAAGAGACGCCUCAACAUGACCAUGUUCCCGAUCAAGGAGGCAGCCGCCAAGCCGGAGCUCUCGCCCUCAGGCAUCCCCUUCCAGGUGACGCGAAUCGAGGCGGGCGAGCCGGACCGUCUGCUCAAGCUGCGCAAGGACUACAGCUACCGCGAGGACAACUGGGCGAUCGGCCAGCUGGCCAAGACGACGGGCCUCAAGACGAAGCGGUUCAGGACGCGCAAGCAGUGGUUCCGACACAGGCGGUGGAGGCGUGAGAGGGAGCUCGAGGGGCAGAGGAAGGCGGCUGCGAAGAGGGCCGAGAGCGGUGGGGAUGUCAAGAUGGCCAAGCCUAUGAGCAAGAAGGCGGCUAAGAAGGCUGCCAAGAAGGCCUCGAAGAAGAAGUGA